AUGGACUCUGAUGAAGUAUUCGUGAGUUUUUCCGACACCGUUUUUGGCUUUUGGGAGGAUCUCCAGGAGCCGCCGGAAAAUUCAACCAACUCCGGCAAACUUCUUGGUGACGACGAUGAAAAACUUUGUUCUGUGGAAAACGAUUACAAAGCUUUCUGGGAAAAACAAUACCUCCUUCUCCAGGCAACCUUAUGCGGGAGUAGCUCGAUUGAGACAAGAGUUCGGCAAGCUACGAAGGAAGUUCUAACAGAGUUAAAUAUGUGGGAUAUGCAGUGCCUUUGCCGGAGAGAAGUGAAUGUUAAGAGCUGUAGGAAUUGCUUGAGGAGGGAAAUAUGUGAUCGUUUGUUGAACCUUGGUUACAACUCUGCUCUUUGCACAUCUAAAUGGAGAACUUCCUCGGAAAUCCAAAUAUCAGGGGAGCAUACUUAUCUGGAAGUAAAGGAUAACUCAAACACUAAAAGAGAAGUAAAAGUGGUAAUUGAAUUGAAUUUUCGAGCAGAAUUUGAGAUGGCACGUGCUAGUGAAGAAUACAACAAAUUAAUGAACAGGUUACCUGAGGUAUUUGUGGGAAAAGCGGAGAGGUUACAAGUCAUAAUUAAUAUUAUGUGCUCAGCUGCAAAAAAAUGCAUGAAGGAAAAGAAAAUGCACUUAGGACCUUGGAGAAAACUAAGGUACAUGCAAGCAAAGUGGCGUGGCAUGACAGAUAGAAACAAAACAGUGCCACUUCCCACUGUUUACAGUUCAAGACCACGAAAAUAUAAGGCUUCCAUGCUCACUUGCGAUUUAGUAGAAAAUAGGCUUCACCGUGUUGUACUUUGCUGA